AUGGAAGGUGGUGGCAAUUUGAGCAUGAGCAACAAUAAGCUUCCCCCUCCACCACCACCAUUCUAUUUUCAAUCAUCACUGCCACCACCACAAAGGCCGAUAUGGCAGAUAGUAAUGGUGGCAGCCAUUGCUGCCGGUGUGCAGUUCGGGUGGGCACUACAACUCUCCCUCCUCACUCCCUAUGUCCAGCUCCUCGGUAUCCCGCACAAAUGGUCCGCAUACAUCUGGCUAUGCGGUCCAAUCUCUGGCAUGAUUGUUCAACCAGUUGUUGGCUACUAUAGCGAUCGUUGCACCUCCCGGUUCGGCCGUCGUCGACCUUUCAUCGCUGGUGGCGCCACACUCGUUGCGAUCGCCGUGUUUUUAAUCGGCUACGCAGUCGAUAUCGGUGUGGACACCGGUGAUAAACUUUACGCCACCACAAAACCACGUGCGAUAGUUAUUUACGUACUAGGGUUUUGGAUUCUAGACGUUGCUAACAACAUGCUACAAGGCCCUUGUAGGGCCUUACUAGCGGACCUAUCCAGUUCGGAUUCUACCAGAGUCCGAACUGGGAAUUCGCUCUAUGCCUUCUUUAUGGCCGUUGGGAACGUUUUCGGUUACGCGGCGGGAUCGUACACUCGUCUUUAUAAACUGCUUCCUUUUACGAAAACGCAUGCAUGUGAUGUUUAUUGUGCUAACUUGAAAACAUGUUUUUUUAUAUCCAUUGUCUUGCUUUUGACAAUUACGGUUUUAGCCCUAGCCACGGUGGAAGAGGACAUUUAUUGUCCGGAUUUAAACGCUGAAGAGAGGGGUGGAGAUGAUAGAAAGGUGUUUGGUAAGGAAAUGUUCAACGCAAUAACGUCGCUUUCACGGCCGAUGUGGAUAUUAUUGUUGGUCACAUGUUUUAAUUGGAUUGCGUGGUUUCCUUUUUUGAUAUUUGAUACGGAUUGGAUGGGACGGGAAGUUUACGGUGGUGAAACAAAGGGAAAUGAGCUGUACACGAGUGGAGUUCAUGCCGGAGCGUUGGGUUUGUUGUUGAAUUCGGUGGUGGCUGGGGUGGUGUCACUGGGAAUUGAGCCGUUGGCGCGGGUUUGUGGUGGGGUGAAGCAGUUGUGGGGCGGUGUGAACUUGCUUCUUUGCGUGUGUUUAGGGAUGACCGUUGUAAUAUCGAAGAUUGCGGAGGGUUCAAGGCAUAGUUUCUUGACGGUUGAUGGAGGCGCAGCCACUACUCUACCGCCUUCCUCCGGUGUUAAAGGCGGUGCUCUCACUGUUUUUGCUGUUCUCGGCAUUCCUCUCUCUAUGAGUGUGACAUACAGUAUUCCUUGUGCGUUGGCUUCUAUUUUCUCUAACGACUCUGAAGUAGGACAAGGUCUAUCUUUAGGCCUUCUUAACCUCGCAAUUGUUAUACCACAGAUGUUUGUAUCAGUAGCAAGUGGACCAUGGGAUUCUAUCUUUGGGAAUGGAAACUUACCAGCGUUUAUUGCAGGAGCAGUUGCUGCGGCGAUUAGUGGAAUAUUAGCAUUCACUCUGCUUCCAUCACCACCUCUGGACGGGGCACUUGCAAGGGUUUCUGGGGCGUCAAUGCACUAAGAUUGUAUGUCGUUAAGUUUACUCUCGAUCUAAAUGUGUAAGGAUUUACUUGAAAACAUGUUUGCGGUGUGCUUAAAAAUGGUUGGCAUAUCGUAACGUAAGGUGAACUUACCCAAGAUUGAUAAUAAAAUGGUACUUAGGUUG